AUGACUGGCGGCAAAUCCGGAGGCAAGGCCAGCGGCUCCAAGUCCAGCGCUCAAUCCCGUUCAUCCAAGGCCGGUCUCGCUUUCCCCGUCGGUCGUGUCCACCGUCUUCUCCGCAAGGGCAACUACGCUCAGCGUGUCGGUGCCGGUGCCCCCGUCUACCUCGCUGCCGUCCUCGAGUACCUCGCUGCUGAGAUUCUCGAGUUGGCCGGUAACGCUGCCCGCGACAACAAGAAGACCCGUAUCAUUCCCCGUCAUCUCCAGCUCGCCAUCAGGAACGACGAGGAGUUGAACAAGCUUCUCGGACACGUCACCAUCGCCCAGGGUGGUGUCCUCCCCAACAUUCACCAGAACCUUCUGCCCAAGAAGACAGCCAAGCCUGGCAAGGGUCCUUCGCAGGAGCUCUAA